AUGAUCUCACAUCUUGCAAAAAAGCCAACAGAUGAGAAGCGAGAAUGUCUUGAAAUGUCCGGUCACAAGAUCCAACACAAAGUAAACCAAUCAAUCAAAGCUGCCGAGGUUGAGAAUGAUAUCAAAAAUGAAUCGCUUUUUAAUGUAUCCAAACCAAAUGUAUCAAAAGAAAAUUCCCCGCUUCGAGUGAUACAACAGAAUGAUUUGUUUGCCUUGGCAUCGCAACUUCUCUUAUUUUUCGGCUUGUUGUUUCGCGUCGUUUUUAUUUCAUUAAAGCCGUCAUAUCUUUAUCCGAAUCUCACAACCCAGCUGUGUGAUGUGUGUCUGAGUGUUGGACGCGAUAAAGCAAAAAAAAGUAAAAUAUUUAAAGUGAAUAAUGUUGAGAAGUCAGAAGAAGCCGAAAAAAAAGGUUUUAUAUGA